AUGGUGCCGGGUUCCCGAGCCGGGGAGACCCGAGAGCCGCACCUCGCCCUGGCGGCGCUCGGCGGGACUGCCACCGCUGCUGCUGCUGGGUUGUAUCGAACUAGUUGCGUCUUUCCUUUCUGCUGCCGCCAUGCCAUCCGGACGGAGGAAGGCCCGAAACUUCGGGGCCACGUAAGCCACGGUCUGGGUCACAGCCACGUCGGUAACCAUCGCAAACACCCAGGAGGCCGCAGGAAUGCUGGGGGCGUGCGUCACCACAGGAUCAACUUUGACAAAUAUCAUCCAGGUGACUUUGGGAAAGUUGGUAUGAGGCAUCAUCACUUCAGCCUGGAUAAACUGCGGACACGGGUCAAUGCCGAAAAAAAACAAGACUGGGGCUGCUCCCACCCUGAUGCUUGCGAUCCCGCUCCUACAAAGCUCUGGGGAAGGACGAGCUACCCAAGCAGCCGGUCAUCGGUCAUCGUGAAGGCCAAAUUCUUCCGCAGAAGAGCUGAAGAGAAGAUUAAGGGUGUUGGAGGUGCCUGUGUUCUGGUGGUUUAA